GUUUUCGCGUCUCGCCACCUGUCAUUUCCACCUGGCGGGGCACACCUGGGCUGCCCUCACACCUGCUGACCUGGAUCUGGACGAUAAUGCGCAGGGCUCCCGUACAGGGGCAUAACACGUAUGACCCGUGUGUUACCUGGCUGGCCACCCCCGCCGUGAUGCAUCCUAGCCUUCAGUGAACAUGGGGGAUAGAUAAAAAUAUCUUGUUAAAUGUCAGACAAACUGAGAGAGCCAGUUACAAGCAUAGCUCAUUAUGACAUCACCUCAGCCUUUUGUAACAAACAGUUCCUCGGAUGAUGAAUUUGACUACCUGUUCAAGGUAGUCGUCAUUGGGGAUUGUGGUGUGGGCAAGACCUGUGUUGUGCAGCGCUUUAAAUCAGGAAAUUACGUGGAGCGCCAUGGCAAUACAAUUGGGGUUGACUUCUCUAUGAAGUCACUUGUUGUUGAUGGGAAGAAAGUCAAGCUCCAAAUAUGGGACACGGCAGGCCAAGAGAGGUUUCGCACCAUAACUCAAAGCUACUACCGCUCAGCCAAUGGGGUUGUUAUAGUGUAUGACAUCACCAAACGAUCCUCCUUCCUGAGUGUCCAGCGGUGGAUGGAUGAGGUGCGGCGCUACACGCAUCAACAUGUGGCCAUCAUCCUCAUUGGCAACAAAUGUGACAUGGAGACAUUGCGUGAGGUAGAAUUUGAAGAGGCUGAAGCCCUGUGUCAAACAGUGCCAGGCAUCCUAGCAGUGAUGGAAGUAUCAGCUAAGGACAACACAAAUGUGGAUGACACAUUCCUACAGCUUGCCACUGAGCUCAAGAGCCGCCAUGAUCCUCAGAGGGAUCUACUGUUCACACCUGAUCUUGUGAGGCUGGGCAACAGUGAAUCCUUGAGGCGGUGGCCUCGCUGCUCUCUGCCGUGUGUGCAGUGAGGCGCUACACACACACACACAUACACGUACAUGUAUUCAAAACCAAGGCAAUUAUUGCACUGUAAAUAAGUUUAUUCAACCUAAAUAUAAUGCAUAAUGUGCUAAGAUGUUUAUCUUUAUGUAUAUGUCAAAUGCCGUCCUUUUAAAUCUACUACAUUUGCCAUACUGUUUUUUCUCAUGUGUAGCUGACACACACACACACACACACACACACAUACACUAAGUAAGCCUUAAAACAACCAAUUAUAAAAUUAUGGGCCAUUCAGAAAUUACUUGACACUUUUUUACAGUUUUUGACCCCCCUCCCUUGCCAUGCUUAACACAUGUCCAGUGCUCCCCACACACAUACACACUAGAAAAUCAUAUAACAGUAGUUAUAGUUGUCAUUCAUGAGUCUGAGGUCUAGAUUAUUGUGCUCAUGGUCUGGCAACCUGCUGUCACGCAGCGAGUCUGAUUUCAUGGACAAUAAUAUUAUAGCCUACACAUAGGAAACAGUUAUCAGUAUCAAUAAUAUGCAGGCAGCAAUGAUGAAUGCUAUCAAUUAUAGUCAAUUUUGAGUUUCAAAUUAUAAACAAUGUUGCAGAUCGUUUUUUUUUUGUUCAUUCAUAAUGUCACUGAUCAUAACUAUUAAACAUUCCUGGCACAGCCAUUUAUUUGAAAGUCAAAAUUGACUAUGAUUGACAGUAUUCAUAAUUGCUGCCUGUAUAUUAUUGAUAUUAAAAGCUUUUUCUUAUGUAUAGACUUAGGCUAUCACUUAUUAUCGAUAAAACUGGACAUCCUGUGUGAGAGCAAGUUGCCAAAGCAUGAUAAUCUAGACCUCAGACUUGCGCAUCGCAACUAUUCAUAGUACCGCCCAAUUACUAGGUUUCUUUCUUUCUUUCUCUUUUUUUUUUUUUUUUUUUCUUUUUUUAAUACAAUGCUAUAAGUAUCUUUAGUUUAUUUAUAAAGUUCAUGUGAUAUCAAAGAAUCCGUUAAAUUUGAAAUAAAAAUGUUCUCUUGCCAUUUGCUUGAUUUUCAAAUUUUAAAAUGUUGUGUAACACAUGGCUGCACACCCUGGCACACUCUACCAUAACCCCCUCCACUUUUGGUGUUACAUAAUUUUUAAAUGGCCCCCUGAUCAUUAUUAUGGAAAAAAUAGCUGAUAAUUAGACAUAGUCAGCUUAAAUAUAAAGAGCAAUUCCUACACAUAUAUUCCAUAGCACAACUCUAUAAAAGGAAAGUUAUAUUGGUAAAACACACACAUGGAGCUCUAUGUUGCCUCACAACCGAGAGGUCCCAGGUUCGAUUCCUGGUGGAGUGGAGAUGGAUGGACAGUCCUUUAAUUCGUGCCUCCUGCCCAGCCAGCACUGAAUGGGUACCAGGUGUCAGUCAGGGUUGUGUCCCCCCUCUCGGGUAUGUGUAGGUGUGAGGUUUCAGCCACACUCGAGAGAUCUAUCGCAUGUGAGUUCCAAGCUCAGCGGGGAAGGUACUGUCUGACAACUGUGAGUCUAUUGCAUGGUCAGAUCAUGAUGAAUUACACACACACACACACACACACAUACACAAAUUACUGAAGUACUUAAGUUUCAUUGUAAAUAUGUAGUGACCCUAAAAACUGCAUAAAUCUAGAGUUUUGUCUACUAAAGACAGGAAAGUGUAUGUGAGCAGGCAUCCUUGUCAGUAGAUUGGAUGUUACUAAGGAGGGGAUGCACUGAUGUAUACCUAACAUACAAUACUGCUGGUCUGUACAACAGAGGUAGAAGUUAUAUUGAAAAUGUUCUAUUUCCACAUGGAGUAUCAAUAUGUAUAGCGGAUUUAUUUUAUUGGUAAUAUAUUUUUUAUUGAGCCUAGUGACUGUUGUAGAAAAUCACUUCUAAUGUUAUAGAUAACAAAUGAAGUACAUUUAAUAGGGUACUUUUACCUGAAAGAGAUAGAGCUUUGUCAACUGAUUGUUUCAACAGGAGGGAUGAAUAUUCACUCGCUCAUGAAUACUGUGCACAAAAAACUAUACUCAUCCUUAAUACUUAUUUCUAUGUAAAAGAGUAUAUUCUUACCUAAUUGUAUUUUACAGGACUGACUCCGACUGAGUCAAGCUUGUUGUGUCCUGUUUUUAAACUUUUAUAAUUUUUCUUUAAAACUGAAUGUUUUGGGCACACAAAGCUUUCUGUAAUAUAUUCUGCUGAUCCACUGAUCCAUUAUCCUGUCUGAAUUAUCUCACACCUUUUUAAAAUCUAAAAUUUCUUUGUUUCCUCUUGAAAAUGACUGUCUAUAGACACUACAUAUAUUCAUUGAUGUCAAUCUUUUCUUUCCCUUAGAUAUGCUAAUAUAGCUUGAUCAUAUCGCCUUUUUUUCCUCUCUUUGAAUGUAAUUGUAGCUUAUUGUUUACAUAUCAAUGAUCUCCCUUCUCGUGUCUUUUAAUCAACCCAAAGAGGCACAUACAUUGAUUGAUUGAUUCACAGAAAGACCAACACUUGAGUGCUGGGAUUGAAUCCAAGCCAUCUGGAUAAUAGGCAGGGCAGCAUAGCAGCCUUUAAGAGCCUAAUGUUGGUUCAGUCUGUAUGCUGCCCUGCUUACCAUUCAGAUGGCUUGAGUUUGGUCUCCAGCACUCAGUGGUGUUCUUUCUGAGACUUAUCACUGUUAUAAAGUUUCUCUGACUUAAGAGAUUUUGAUUAGAAGGUAUCAGCAAAAUAUCUAAAAAAAAAAAAAGUGCAAAGUUAAGAGAAAGUGAUAAAGAAAGACUGACACUUGCAAGAUAAAAGGGAGUGAUGGGGUACUUGUUAAAAACAAUGAGGUAAAGAAGGUAAGGAAGCAAUCAUUUUGAAUCCAUGAUGAAUGGGAGUGUGGGAAGGAGAAAAGAAGCGACCAGUAUAGGAGUAAAGAUCCCUGUAGGGAUCUCAUAUCCACAAGGCAGGUGAAGCCGGGUGAAACAGGAGGCAAUAAAAAAAAUAUAAGUAGGAAAGGCUCCUGUCAUUGGUAAUAUAACAGCAGAAAAACUUAAAUGUGUCAAGUGUAGUUGCAGAGUGGAUGUAGUGGCUAAGUAAUCUCGCAUGGGAACAGGGUGAGGCAGGGUUGUUGAUUUUUUUUUUUUAUUCAUUUAUUUUAUUUAAAUCGGAUUUUUUUAUUUAAAUUGAUUUUUUUGAUUUUUUUAUUACUGAAAAAAUAAUUAAAUGAAUGUAAACCUCUAUAUUCUCUACAUUAGUUUCAAACACUUGUUGGAGUAGGCUAUUCUUGUAUCAUAUUCCGUCAUCAUAAGUAACCUGUCUGGCUGUUUGAGCCAGUCCUAAGACUGACCAGCCACAGCCAGCCAGCCACUGGCCAGCACCACACCACAACUCUGUCUAGUCUCUUAACAGUCUAACCAGAUCAUGUCAUGUUUUGGACAUGUCCUCACUGAAAUUGCACAAAGAAAAAUUAAUGCACCUUCAAAUGAAAGUACAGUGUCAGAAAAGGCUGUGGAUGAUCCAUGUAUGUAUGUGAAGUGAUUCUUUGAAAAAUAGGGGUAUAUAUUUCAAAUAUUUCCUUUACUGCCACUUCCUAGAGUUGGUGUUUUUUGUCUUUUUUAAUAGCUUUUCUUUAAUUCACUUGAGUGUUUGGAGGGGCCCAAGACUACCCACAUGCUGUCCUCAUGAUUGCCCAUCAACUGGACUCCAGCAAAACUCUCUAAAGACGACCAAGUGAAUCGGGGGAGGGGGGUAGAUAUAGCCAAGCAAGAUGGCGGCACUGUAAAACAGUUGCCUGCUAGGACAAACCAAAAAAGUGAAGAUGGGGGCAUACACUACAGCUGAGCGUGGCCGCAGUGCUCAUCUCCGUGGCACUGGCCCUUGAGCCAUUGGUGGAGAGAACCCAUCACCACAGGACAGGGUCAGCGUAACAUCUGGGUUACGACAGUGUACCUUCCCCAGGUUUCCCCAGGUACCCAUUUAUUGACCAGCCUGAAAGGGAGGAUGAGCAGCUGGGUAAGCAGCACGCUGACUGCCCAGGUCAGGAUUCGAACCCAGGGCUGCGGAUUCAUAGCAAGGCACACUAACCACUAGACCAUGGAGGCAUAAAAAAAAAGAUUCAAGGGGUGAGAAACCUGCUAUGUGAGGUCAGACUUAAGCAUCUAAUGCAGCCAUUGUCAACAAGAUGAGAAAUCAGUUACAAGCAAAUGAGCUGAAGGUGCUAACCCAUGGCUGCCCUGCACACAUCCUAAAUGUAUUGGCUCAUGAUUUGGAAAUUGGCAACAAAAAAACAUGUGGUUCAUGUUGUAAAAUACUUUUGAAACAAUCACUCUGCCUCAGCAAGAUACCAUCAGAAAGGCAGUCAGUGUCUUGUUCUGCUCCAGGACACUGGACGGACCAAGUGUGGCUGACGGAAGAUGCUGUAUGUAUAAUGAGCUAAUCAGCUCGGGAAAAAAAAGUUAAGUUGCCGGGGAAAAUAUUGAUAUCAAAGUUAGAGAGUGUGUUCUUUGUUUAUUUCUCCAUUCUAUGUUAUUGCCCAGCAAUAAGAUCAAAAUUUUAAUCAAUGACAUUAAAAAAAUCAAAUAAUAUAAAUCUUGAUUUAAAUCAAUGAUUUAAAAAAAAUCAUUUUACUUAAAUCUUGAUUUAAAUCAAUGAUUUAAAUCAAACAACCCUGGGGUGAGGUGCUGGAUGACUGGGGGAAGGGCACCAUUGUGCCACUGUAAAAAGGAAAAGGAAGUAGAGGAAUAAGGUUAAUAUGCCAGGAAAGGUAUAUGGAAGGGUUUUAAAUGAGAUGAUGAAAAUAACUGAUAAAAGUGCAGGGGAUGAGCAAGGGGGUUAUAGGAAAGGAAGGGAAUGUGUAGAUCAAAUUUUGGCUGUGAUAGUGGAAAGUACCUAGAAAAACUUGAGAAAGAUAGGAAGCUAUUUGCUACUUUUGUGAACCUGGAAAAUGCCUAUGAGGAGGUUAUGGGAUAUCUUGAAAAUAUAGGUGUGGGACGGCAUUUACUUGAAGGGAUCAGGCAUUUUUGCAAGGAUACAAGUGCCUCUGCGCAAGUGAAUUGGGAACUGAGUGAGAGUUAUGGUGUUUUUUUAAAGGUGUGACAGGGGUGUGUGAUGUCACCAUGGCUGUAUAACGUUUAUAUGGAUGAUUGUAUGAGGAAAAUGAAAGCCAGAGUGGGAGAGUUAGGUCCAAGGCUGAAAGUAAGAGGUAUGAAGCAGUCUUUUGUGGCAGGUCUAUUUGCAUAUGAUAGUGUUUUUAGCAGAAAAGUGAAAGGAUGCUGCAAUUCAUUGUGUAUGUAUUUGACCAGUCACUCUCCCUGUUAUGUUCUUUUUACACAAAAUAUAUUUCUAGUAGAG